AUGUCAGACAUCCAGCAGUACCUGUUGGACUAUGACCGGAGCAGGCGGGAGGCCAGCGCGGUCGCCGAGAACAGCGCGACGCGACUGCGGGCCGGCGACUUGAAGCUGUUGACGCUGAUCGAGGAGCUCGGCGAGUACUUCAACAGCGAAGAUGGAGCCAUCCGCGCGAAGACCAUGUCGUACCUCGCCGAGGUGCUGGCCUUCGUUCCGCAGAAGGUGCUCUCGCUACAGCAACGGAAUCUCCUGUGCGACUUCGUGCUCGCCCGUCUCGAAGACAGCGAAGGCCUGGGCUCCUGCGCCAAGGGGCUGAUAGCGCUCGAGGAACGCGGGAAGUGGGAUAGCGAGAGGGCAAAGAAGAUCGUGGAGACGCUCCUCGCACACACCCACCCCCUCAACCAGUUCCGGCAGCAGAGCGAACGAUACCCCGUCUUACGGCUUAUAGACACAUUGAUGGCGAAAUAUAGAGAGGCGUUACGGUCUUUGCACGAUGCCACGCCCGAUUUCCUCUCACGAUUCAUCGCAUACUUUGACGGCGAAAAGGAUCCACGGAAUUUAAUGCUUGUGUUCUCUAUCCUGAGGGUCCCUAUGACGGAAUGGAAUAUCGGCGCAGAUGCUCAGGAUCUUUUCGAUGCCGUCUUUAAUUACUUCCCUAUCACUUUUAGACCACCUCCAGAUGACCCAUAUGGAAUUACGGCACAAGACCUGAAAGACCGGCUGAGGGAGUGCAUAUCGUCUACCCCCGAGUUUGCUCCCUAUGCCUUCCCGGCACUGCUGGAUAAGCUGGAUUCUACAUCAAUGAACACAAAGCGGGAUGUCCUCCAAACCAUCACCUCCUCGGUAAUGGAGUACGGGCCUCGUACAGUCUCCCUCUAUUCAAUCACGCUGUGGGACGCACUGAAGUUUGAAGUUCUCAAUGUGCAGGAAGACGAUCUUGCGGAGGAGGCACUGAACGGCCUGGCGGCCAUUGCGAGAGUCCUAUCUCAAGGGACGACCGGCCCGCUCAACGCAUACCUCCGACCGAUCAUCAAAGAAUGCAAUGAGCAUCUGGAGGAUGCCCCGACGAAGCAGUCACAAGCUGCGGCACGGAUAUUGCACAAGAUUGCCGACGUAUCUCCCGAGGUCACCAACAUUCUUCUCGCCGGCAUGUUGCCCAAUCUCUUCCUCUUAUUUCAAACGGCGGACACCAUCGCUAAGAGGAGGGGACUUUUGGAGGUGCUUGUACAGCUCAUCCGUGCGAAUAUCGGUGUAUACGGAGACUGGCGAUCCAUAGGCACCGCCGGCGAGCACUCGUCCAAUAACGCGCUGUUGCAGUUUCGCGACCAAGCACGAGAAAUCAUGCUCAACGGCUUGGAGACAGCACCCAUCAAAGAAGUGUCGUUCCGCCUGGUGUGCUUAGACGGUUUGCUCCAACUAUCGAAAGCUCGGGGAUUACUCAACGAUGAAGACGUCGGCAAGAUCAUCCAGCUUUUCAACGCUAUCGUCAUUCACGAGGAGUCCUACGGCAAGGACGAAGUCAAAGAAGCUGCCAUCAAUGGACUCGUUGAGGUGGCCCGCCAGAAACCCCAAGUCGUCAUUGACAAAGCAUUCCCAGCUUUCAUGGCACAACUUCCCGACACUGACAUGGUAGAGUCGCGGGGCUACAUCCCAGUUCUGGAGGCCUUUGCAAAGUUGGCCGGUGAAGAGAAGGUGUUUGAUACUGUUAUCCUCCGACUCAAGAACAAAUUCGCCUCCGCGGUGAAACAGAACGCUUCCUCGGCCUACAUCAUUGCGCUUCUUUCGGCAAUGCUCUAUGCGCUCACAAAAGGCGCAAACAAGCUUGAGCAAAAUCCAGAAUCGUCAUCCUACUUUCAGGACAUCGUUCUCCCUCUACUAAAGCGGACCUCGAGCUCCGAUGAGUCGCAUCCAAGGGCAUUCGAUGACGAAGCGACACUCGACCUUGUGGGAAGGAUAUGCAACAUAAUUAUAAGGGCACAGUCGGCGGAGCAUCAGGAAACCAUUACCGCCGAACUAUACACUAUGUUCAGAGGCACACCGCAAAGCGAGCUCCCCCCCUUUAACCUCAACGCACCCCCAGAGACGAACAGAACCAUGAUCGUCUCCACCCACCUUUUAGCAUCCUUCCGCAAAGAGACGAAGCUGCCCUGCGAGCUCGACCUCCUCAUCUCUUCCCUGGCAAACUACACUCAACAAGCGAACCUUUCCGCCUCUGUUCGAUUCGCUUCUCUACGCCAGCUGUCGCUCGCGAUCAACAAAUUCUACUCGGCGCAGGCGUUGAAAACCUGCAUGGAUCCUCUGGUGAACUCCCCAUUCGAGCUUUUUGUCCCCGAGAAACUUGAUCCGCCGCGGAUACGCAUCAUGUUUGCCUGCCUAAAAGGCAUUCUCCUUCGGAGCAGCCCUGCACUCGCCACGCUGUACCCACAUGUCCUGUCCUUCCUGUCCCAUGCGCAGUACGGCACCACGGUCGCGCAUGGCUUCGCCACUCUUCUCCAGCCUGACGAUCUCCUCACGAAGCAGAACCACUGCCAAAUUUCCGGACUGCACAAGCAGAAGUCAUUCGCGCUGCUUGUGCCAAACAUCACACGCGCCUUCCGCGAAGCCUCACCCGAGACCAAGCCUAACUAUCUCAUCGCGCUAAGUGGCAUUUUGAAAUGGAUGCCCUUCGACAUCGUCAUGGAAGAAGUCGGCCAGCUGUUCCUUCUGCUCCUGCAAAGUCUAGAUCUCAAGGGCGAGGACCUUGUCAAGGAAUCUGCGAUCGGCACGCUGACCUCCACCCUCGUCGAGAAACCGACUGUCGUGGAGGAGCAUGCUGGAAGCCUCAUCUCACGUUUGCUGGCGAAUUCGAUUGUGAACAAGGAGGCCGGAACGCCGGCGAAGGUCAGGGCCGCGGCGCUGAGGUGCUUGACGAUUGUCCCGGACAAGCUGAAGGUGGAAGUGGUGCUGCCAUACCGAAGACAGGUGUGCAAGAAGCUGACGGCUGCGCUGGAUGACGGGAAGCGAGAGGUGAGAUACGCGGCGGUGAGGUGUCGCGCGAAGUGGUUGGAGGUGGAUGAGGCUGGAGACGAUGACUGA